AUGUAUACUGAUCUUGUCCAAAACAAUACUAUUGACAAGGAUGUGAAAAAGUAUGUCCUGAAUUUGUGCAAUUCAGCGUGGAAAAUCUUUGACUUUUCAUUGAAUAUGCAUAGUGCUUUGCUAAUGGAUGGAAGUGUCAAUGAAGACACAAUUCAACACUCACUCACAGAGCCCUCCGUCGUACACCACACCUUGGUCAUUGAAUCCUUCCUCAAGUUUGGCAAGGUCAAGGGUGCUCUGAAGGCCUACUGGGGAAUGUUAGCUGCGGGUGUUGCCCCCAACUCCUACACUUACACAGUUUUAAUCAAGGGACUCACUGCUGAUCCCCUCUUCUCUGGAGAUGCCAAAAAGUGCUUGCUUGAAAUGAUGAAAAAGGGGAUGAGGCCCAAUGCUGCUACCUACAUUGCUGUGGUAGAGAGCUUUGCAAAGAAGGGUGACAAAGGAUCCGAGGAGGAGUGCAAAGAGUUGGUGGAGGUGAUGGUAAGCAAGGGGUUUGUGCCGAAUGCAAAGGCUAUGAGGGAGGUUUUAAAGGGAAGACCAAAAGCUAUAAUAAGAGGGAUCAUGAACAUUGUCCUUUCCAAGUUGAAGGGCUGA